CUUGAAAUCCACCACUCACCCUUGUUUUGGGAGUUUUAGUGGUUGUCGAAAACUCCAUUUUCUCUCUCCUCUUUCUUCUCCCUCUCUCUCUCUCUUCUUCAGUUACACCCUAAUUAUUAAUUUUUUUGCUUCUUUCUUGAUUAAUCUAAGAACCCUUUAUCCAAUUUUUGUUUUGCAUGUAUUCUUAUGUAACUAUGCAUAUACGUACCAAAAGCAUUUGAAUGAAUUCUGGAAAUGUAGCCGGAGCGGGAGGAGAAGCAGCUUCUGUAUCGUAUAUCCUUCUCUGAAAAGGCAAAGGAACACUUCUCUUGCAUUUCGAUUUGGCUGUUCUUUCCUCUGAUUGUGGCUCAUAUCCUUCUCUUCAAUGGGGACAAAAAUCAAAGGGAUCUACAAAGGCUUCAAAUAUACUUUAUCUCAAAUCUUUGUUGUGAAGGAGCGUGAAAUGGAGAUUGGCUUCCCAACAGACGUCAAGCAUGUGGCACACAUUGGGUGGGAUGGCCCCUCCGGUAGUGCACCCAGUUGGAUGAAUGAAUUCAAGACAGGGCCUGAUUAUGCGGCAACUUCAAUUGGUAAUUCUGGUUCUGCACUUUCUCCAUGGUCAUCUCUAGACUUUGGAGAAUCUAGGCGGCUGCAAUCAGGAUCGGAUAUGUUCAGUGACAUACCCUCAACAGAGCUUCCUAACAUCCCUAAGAAGCCGAAAAGGAAGAAGUCCAAAUCAACUUCUUCUCCUAAGUCGAGUUCGUCGUCAAGAUCAUCAAGGGCAGCAAAAUCGAAAGCCAAAUUGGUCGAAGGCAAUCCCAAUCCGACAAAUAUCGAAGUGGCAUAAUACAUUUACAGAUUUUGAUCAUAUGAAAUCAUAAAGAGAAAUUUUUUCCACUCUUGUAAUGUUGGAUAAAGUUUGCAUAUGUUUAGGGGGUGCAUUGCAUAUGAGAUUGAGAUCAGAAUCAGGAGGGGGGGACU